GAGGAGGAAGUAAAUAAUUCUCAAAUCGGCAAAAAACUUCUUAGGAUUUUGUAGCGGGUCGUAAGAACCUGUUGUAUUCAGCCACAUGCAGUACCUCUAGUCAUUCAUAACGCUGUUUACGGUCCUUUUCAGGAAUUCGGUCAACUGAAAGCAUGUAUCGGUCUCACCAUCCAAAUGACCCAGGAAUGCACAACAUGGCCUCGAAUGACAGCCACACACGAGUCACAUAUCAAGAGAACCCUGGCAUCAUGCAGCGCAUUCAGAGCAGUUUUGCAGCUUCAUUAGUCGGCAUAGGACUCGUACUCGCCGCAUUCCCGGUCCUGUACUGGAAUGAGGGAAGAGCAGUCCAGACAUCCUUAUCCCUUGACGAGGGUCUCCGAGCUGUCAUCCCAUUGCACUCUAUUAACGAAAUUAACAGAAAAAACCAGGAGAAGCUGGUGCAUCUAGUUGGACAUCUCCAUACAGACAAGGUACUGAGUGAUGCGGAUUAUGGAGUUGCUGUCAAAGCUGUCAAACUAAAGCGUGAGGUGGAAAUGUACCAGUGGGUGGAACAUUCUUCUACAAGAGAAUAUGAUGAGGGAGACAGAAAAAGAGUGGAAACAACUUAUUCAUACAAUAAAGAGUGGCUGGGCCAUAUUGUCAACAGUAACCAGUUUGACAAUCCUCAUGGACACCAGAACCCUACAUCGAUGGCCGUCAGCUCACAGACACAAGAGGCUGCCCCAGUCCAUGUGGGGGCAUUCACCUUGUCCAGAGGGUUGAUAAGUAAGAUCGAUGAGUUUCAUCCCUUGCCUGCGAAAUCAGCCCCUUCUGGGAAAGAUGUGAAAGUUGUGGAUGGAAUAUUUUAUCAUUCGUUGAAUGGACCUUAUAACCCAACGGUUGGUGACGUCAGGGUGCGUUUCUCAUUUGCUGGCUUUUGCGGUGCAGCAGGAUCACAGCUUAGUGAACCAAUGACAGUUAGCAUUGUUGCUCGACAACAUGGUGGUACCCUGUCAUACUAUCGCACUCAGUCUGGUGACACCCUGGAGUUGCUGUACCCAGGGGAAAUGACGGCAAAGGAGAUCUUUUAUGCUGAACAUUCUGCUAAUUCUGUGCUGACAUGGGUUCUGCGUGUUGUUGGCUGGUUUCUGAUGUUCUUAGGAUUUCUUCUCAUGACAAGCAUUCUCACUACACUUGUUUCCUGGCUUCCCAUCAUCCGAGAGAUAGUUGGCCUUGGUGUGACCUUAAUCUGCUUUUGUCUUGCAACGUCAUUCUCGCUGGUUACUAUAGCGAUUGGAUGGAUUGCACACCGACCUGUUCUAGGCGUGGCACUACUUGCAGCAGCUGCUGUCCCAUUUUAUCUCUCCAGACAGAGGAAUCGGAAAAACAAGGAAUCAAAGUACUAAUAAGGCCAUUUGCCAGUAGGAUGCCUAACCAUGGGAGAUGGCUGUUCAGUUUGAAUAAACUUGCCUAGCAAGCAUUUCUGGGUUUCAGUGGAAAGGUUAAUCAAUCAAAUUGUUUAACAAUGUGAAAAUAGGAUUAGAAGCUUGCUUGCUUAAACGUUCUGCUGUAAACUAUGAAAACAGGCUAUUCAGAAUAGAUGUAUUUAUUGAGAUGUAAAGUAAUGUUAUCAGAAGGCAAUUGCACUAAAAAAUAAUUUAUUCAAUAAAUAGCAGCAAAAGCAAUGUCAAAUGUCAUAUCAUUUGUUUUAGUUGAUGAUUAAUCAGUUUUCAUAGCAAAUGCAGUUCUCUCUUAUGAAUUUCACAAACCAUAUGUUUUAGAUAAUGCUGUGAUUUCUGGUUCACUUGGAGAAUUGCUGUCUUGCCUGAUGUGCUUGAAUAGACCUUCUAAGACUAGAGAAAAAGGAAACAAAAUUAAAUAUUAAUCUGUAAUAACUUUGUUUUGUUUUUAGAAUUUAAAUAGGAAUGAAUAAUGUAAACAAAAUGUUAUUUUAAAUGUAUAGAAAUAAAGAGGUACAUCUACAA